AUGCGAGGAGAGUCUGCAUCACAAGAGCUACCGGGCUCCUCGGAUAUCGCGCUUCAUGAACCACACGGCAGGACAGGGCAAUAUCCAGAGUCCGCAGGCACCCUUGCCCAGAGACCUACAUCAACCUCGACCAUCGACGGCGAUGACAACGGCGACGGGUCCGACGGGCUGGCCGUCCCAAACAACAAGAUCACAAGACAAAGCACAGAUCUUGCACGCCAUGAGACGGCGCCGGCCUCCUCCCUCCAGCGAGGUCCGAGCCUGGCACCAACGGUGUCUCGAGUGCCGACGGCCACCAAACCGCCCGAAUUCUCUCUCCUGCAUGAAAUCCUGUUUGUGGCUAUCGUCAGCCUCGCGCAGCUGCUCACCCAGGUAGCGUUGGCCCAUUCCAUUGCACCUCUCCACAUCAUCGGCCAGACAUUCAACACCACCAACCCGGGCCAGCUUUCCUGGCUGCCUGCCGCAUACUCGUUGACCGUGGGUACGUGGAUCCUACCGGCGGGCCGUUGGGGGGAUCUAUAUGGCCACAAGAAGUUGUUUGUGUUUGGGUAUUUCUGGAUGGCCGUCUGGUCGGCGGUCGCCGGGUUCAGUGCCUUCUCGCACUCGUUGGUCUUCUUCGCCUUCUGUCGGGCCAUGCAAGGCAUUGGGCCGGCCUUGCUGCUUCCCAACGGCAUUGCCAUCUUGAGCCGCACAUACCCGCCCGGCCCACGGAAGAAUAUGAUCCUGAGUGUCUUUGGCGCCACCGCCCCUGGAGGUUUCGUUCUUGGAGCCGUCUUCUCCGGCAUCUUCGCCGAGCUCGUCUGGUGGCCCUGGGCCUACUGGGUCCUCGGCAUGGUCUCUGCUCUGGCCGGAGUCACGGCCAUCUUCGUCGUGCCUCGCAUGCCGGUGGCCGGUGGCAAGCCUGGCUGGCAGGACUCGGACGCCGUGGGCACCUUCCUCGGCGUCGUCGGCCUGAUUCUCUUCAAUUUCGCCUGGAACCAAGGUCCAGCUGCAGGCUGGGACAACGUCUAUGUCUAUGUCCUGCUGAUCGUCGGCGUGCUCUUCCUAGCCGUGUUUUCCUGGUAUGAAAAAACGAAGGCGGCGUUCCCGCUGGUUCCCACGUCGGCUUUCACCACAGACACCAGGUUGGUCUUCGGCUGCCUGUCCGCCGGUUGGGCAUCUUUCGGCAUCUGGACCUUUUAUUUCUGGCAAUUUCUCGAGCUUGAACGCGGCCUGACUGUAUUACUGUCGUCUGCUCAGAUCGCCCCAAUCGCCAUCUCGGGCGCUAUUGCAGCCAUCACAACCGGCCACCUCAUCGCUACAGUGCAACCGGGCCUGAUCAUGGUGGCUAGUAUGCUGGCCUUCUUGGUUGGCACAAUCUUGGUUGCAACCAUGCCCGUCCAUCAGACCUAUUGGGCUCAGGCCUUUGUGGCGACAAUCAUCAUUUGCUGGGGUAUGGACAUGAGCUUCCCUAGUAGUGUCAUCGUUCUGUCGAACCACAUGCCCCCGGAGCACCAAGGCCUUGCGGCGUCUCUGGUCAACACCGUCGUUAAUUACAGCAUUUCCAUCGGCUUGGGCAUGGCGGGUACGGUGGAGGUUCAGGUCAACUCCGGCGGGGCGGACCAGUUGCACGGCUUUCGAGGAGCGUGGUACCUGGGAAUUGGACUCGACAGCUUGGGCGUGCUGCUUGCCAUAGGCCUAGCCUUCUCUUGGAGGGCAACGGUGAAGGCCAAAGAAAAGGAGGAGAUGGAGAAGAUGCAGGCUUAA